AUGUCUGUUUGUCAACAGCAGCAGCAGCAGCAGCAGCAGCAGCAGCAGCAGCAGCAGCAGCAGCAGCAGCAGCAGCAGCAGCAGCAGCAGCAGCAGCAGCAGCAGCAGCAGCAGCAGCAGCAGCAGCAGCAGCAGCAGCCAGCAGCAGCAGCAGCAGCAGCAGCAGCAGCAGCAGCAGCAGCAGCAGCAGCAGCAGCAGCAGCAGCAGCAGCAGCAGCAGCAGCAGCAGCAGCAGCAGCAGCAGCAGCAGCAGCAGCAGCAGCAGCAGCAGCAGCAGCAGCAGCAGCAGCAGCAGCAGCAGCAGCAGCAGCAGCAGCAGCAGCAGCAGCAGCAGCAGCAGCAGCAGCAGCAGCAGCAGCAGCAGUUGUUGCAGCAGCAGCAGCAGCAGCAGCAGCAGCAGCAGCAGCAGCAGUUGUUGCAGCAGCAGCAGCAGCAGCAGCAGCAGCAGCAGCAGCAGCAGCAGCAGCAGCAGCAGCAGCAGCAGCAGCAGCAGCAGGCAGCAGCAGCAGCAGCAGCAGCAGCAGCAGCAGCAGCAGCAGCAUGUUGCAGCAGCAGCAGCAGCAGCAGCAGCAGCAGUUGCAGCAGUGUUGCAGCAGCAGCAGCAGUUGUUGCAGCAGCAGCAGCAGCAGCAGCAGCAGCAGCAGCAGCAGCAGCAGCAGCAGCAGCAGCAGCAGCAGCAGAGCAGCAGCAGCAGCAGCAGCAGCAGCAGCAGCAGCAGCAGCAGCAGCAGCAGCAGCAGCAGCAGCAGCAGCAGCAGCAGCAGCAGCAGCAGCAGCAGCAGCAGCAGCAGCAGCAGCAGCAGCAGCAGCAGCAGCAGCAGCAGCAGCAGCAGCAGCAGCAGCAGCAGCAGCAGCAGCAGCAGCAGCAGCAGCAGCAGCAGCAGCAGCAGCAGCAGCAGCAGCAGCAGCAGCAGCAGCAGCAGCAGCAGCAGCAGCAGCAGCAGCAGCAGUUGUUGUGCAGCAGCAGCAGCAGCAGCAGCAGCAGCAGCAGCAGCAGCAGCAGCAGCAGCAGCAGCAGCAGCAGCAGCAGCAGCAGCAGCAGCAGCAGCAGCAGCAGCAGCAGCAGCAGCAGCAGCAGCAGCAGCAGCAGCAGCAGCAGCAGCAGCAGCAGCAGCAGCAGCAGCAGCAGCAGCAGCAGCAGCAGCAGCAGCAGCAGCAGCAGCAGCAGCAGCAGCAGCAGCAGCAGCAGCAGCAGCAGCAGCAGCAGCAGCAGCAGCAGCAGCAGCAGCAGCAGCAGCAGCAGCAGCAGCAGCAGCAGCAGCAGCAGCAGCAGCAGCAGCAGCAGCAGCAGCAGCAGCAGCAGCAGCAGCAGCAGCAGCAGCAGCAGCAGCAGCAGUUGCAGCAGUUGCAGCAGCAGCAGCAGCAGCAGCAGCAGCAGCAGCAGCAGCAGCAGCAGCAGCAGCAGCAGCAGCAGCAGCAGCAGCAGCAGCAGCAGCAGCAGCAGCAGCAGCAGCAGCAGCAGCAGCAGCAGCAGCAGUUGCAGCAGCAGCAGCAGCAGCAGCAG